AUGGACGAUCCUGACUUGGACGAGGCCUGGUCAGAUGUGCUCAAAAGCUUCGAAAAGACUGCAAGAAUCAAGCUCGAGCCGAAAAGAGUGCUUUCGCCUCAGGAAGUCCUUGAUCAGCUCAAAGCGUACGACAAGAAUGAAGAAGCGAAGAAGAAGCAUCGGCGUCUUAGAAAAGCGCUUGAGCGAACUCUGCAAUGUGUCAAGAACUUCUCCUUGUUCGCGGCCCAGGACCAGACGCAGCUGUUCGGACCAAGCAAUCUCGUUUUCGCGGCCAUUGCCAUGCUCAUUACUGCCGGCACGUCAUAUUCUAUGAUCAGUGAGCGCAUGGAAGAGCUGUUCCGAGUUUGUGCUGACAUCCUGGAGAGAUGGGCUAUCUACGACUCCAUGCGAGGCAGUCUUGAUCUUCCACUGCGCAAGAUUAUCCACGCAUUCUUUCAAUCGAUGGUGAAGAUCUGUGCCCUGAGUCUGAAAGUGUUGAACGGCAAUAAGCUUACUAAGUAUCUGAAAGUGCUAGCAUUCUCGGAAGACGAGGGUGUCAAGAAGGAGUUGGACUUCUUGCGUCAAAGGGUCGACCAAGAGUCACUCUUGUUAUCAAGCCUCAACUAUCGCGCCAUCAAAGAAGGAUUUGACAGUACUAGAAAAGAGCUUCACGGAGUUCGAGAGCUCGCCGAAGACUUGACUCGGAAGGAGACCGAAAGUUCCGACCAGCGAACACUGGAAAUGAUCAAAGCCCGCCUUGGAAUUCGCAAUUCUGCAGGAAGACAGCAGGCAGCAUACUCUCACUUUCACUCCGAAGCAGUGCAAGACAGUGGCAACUGGCUUGUUGAGGACAUCGCUGACUGGGCGGACAAUACUCAGCAGUGCACCGAAGCUGUCUUGCUGUCUGCUGACGAAGGGCAUGGAAAGACGUUCUUGUGCACAAAAGUGAUCUCUUCCUUACUGGAAGCACAGAGAGCCUCAUCGAUCGCCUCAUCAGCCUCUCGAGAUGUAGUCGGGUACUACUACGUCCAAGCAGGCCACGAUUCUGAUUCGUCGGGCCUUCACGAUGAUACGGAGGAGAUCUUUGACGUAUCCAGGAUCCUGAAAACCAUCGCCAUGCAAUUCUGCAACGACCCAGUGUACCGAAAACACCUCGCCACUCUAUGCGAAACAUGGACUGAACCCGACGAUGUUUUCGAACUCUUCGACAAAUUGAUGGAUCAGUGCUACAAGUCGUCGUCAACCUUCUUCAUCAUCCUUGAUGGUGUUGAUCGUUCGAGCGAGAUACAGUUGAAUGGACUUGUGUCGCUACUCGCAUCCACGAAAGACCGCUACGACGCUGCGCAAUACUCACACGUCCGAGUCUUCUUGUCCGGUCGAGAACGCGUGAUGGAGUCGUUGGGAAAGUCACUGACAGCAGCACAAUUGGCUCAUCGCACUAUUGAUGUGGAAGAGAACAGCCAUGAAGACAUCCAGAUGUUUGUGUCCGAGCGCUUGAACAACAUGUCGUUGCUGGCAGGAGAUUCUCCCUCUCUCAAGACUUUGCGCGAAGAGAUCUACGACGCCCUCACGACCAUGGGCGGUGACUUCGUCAAUGUCUCUUUGAUACUACAGGAGAUCAAUUCGAAGUCAUGGCCAGCGGAGGUGCGACACGUUCUAAGCGAGCUGCGUGGAGGCGUGAGAUCAGAUACAAUAGGUCGAGAAGUCUCUCGAUGCAACACAGCACUGACAGAACGUGAGAUUAGCGACUUGAACACUCUAUUGCUCUGGAUCAUGUGCAGUCGCAGGACCCUCCGGGUAAGCGAGCUGGAGGCUGUCCUGUUCCUCAAGAACGGCGAAGCACCCCUACGACCACUUCGAGAUCAGCUCGACAAAUAUGAGGUUUUCUUUCACGUAUUCAAAGCCUCUGAUGCUGGACCAGAGACGAGUCGGGGAUGGCUGGUAUCACUGUCUUCUGACUCAAUCAGACAAUACUUCGGGGAAGCUGCCCGGCAGGAGGACCUCUCUAGCUUGUCGACAAACAAGGUCCAGGAGGCAGAAGUGAAAAUUGUCAGGAGGUUUCUCAGCUCCGUGUGCGAUGAGGUCCUUUACGCCAAAUUCGGCUUCGAUGAGUUCUUCGCUCGCAAACUCGGCCACUCUGCGACAUUUGUCCACGUUGACUUAAGCUCUGCCAGCAGCACACUUCUACUCGGAUGUCUGACCGCGAUGGCCAGCGAAGCCAAAGAAGCGAAAGGCCUGCUGGACUACGCAGGAACUUUCUUCCAGAAGCAUAUGAACGAGAUUGAUCUCGCACUAACAAGUCCAUCGAUCAAAUUCGAGAUUGGACGACAACUUCUACCAGUGCUUACUGACUCAAAGGUCAUCGAGAUGUGGGUAGAGCCUCUGGCCAAGGACGUCGUAUCCCAGAUGUUCUUCUCGGAAGACAACGCUGAUCUAAUUCUGGCGACCAUACGAGACACAGCAGUUUCAAAAAGCUUUGCCGAGGAGCGUAAGGGCUGGAUCAGAGACCUAUCGGCUACUAACGUGCUUGGAGAUAUCGUAAAGCAUCUGUCAAAGCGUCUCUUCGGAUCCUCGAGCUGGGGAUGGAGCUACAAGCUGCUCUUCUCUAUCCUGCUCGCGUACAAAGCGAAAUCCGAGCGCCUGCCAAAUCCGCCGACUACCGAGCUCAAGAACUAUGAAGUUACUUCCAAGGUCGUCGUUGAAGUCUUCACAUGGGUGGCAGAUCUCCUAGGCAUGGACAGUGGGACUGACUACGAGUUCAAUCGUGGUUUGGCACGCAUACUGCGGCUGUUCAACAAUCUCGAUGAAGCCAUCGCCCAGUACCAAGUCGCCAUCAGCUGCGGCAAGACGACAGAUCCAUGGCUCGCCAAACACGGACUUGCCAAUGCGCUUUUCGACAAAGAGAAGUUCUCGGAGUCCGCGCAGCUCUUCUCACUGAUUGAACGGGACAUACUCGAUGGCACAGCGAAAGCCAACAAUCCCAAGUCAUAUCUGCGAGGAAUACGGAACUCCAUGGCAAAUUCGUACCAGCGACUUGAAGAAUGGGACAAAGCCCUACAGAUCUACGACAGACACCUUGUAGAGGAGCAAGUUAUGGAUUACGACUUCGUUUGGAGCCGGCUCUAUAUCUUCUGGCGCAAGAAAGAGCCCAAGAAGGUUGUUGAUUCAUUGAAAGAGUUGCGCGAGUCUCACGACCCGUACUUUGCUAUAAAGAGGUCAAGUCGUCUACUCCACUGGAUGUCUGACACGUCGGGCGGCAUGGAAGAAGUCCUGGUUGGCGUCGCUCGCGCCACUGGGACAUCCGACUUCUACGUACAACUGCUGGAGGAGGCAAUCCAUGAUGUCCAGAAGCCUGACUAUCUAAGCCAAUUCCCGCAGGUCAAAGGCGAGUAUCGUACCUACCUGAAACUUGCCCUGAGCAACCAACUCUGGCGAACAUCGAUAUCGCAGAAGAGUAAGGGAGAGGCAAUCAAAUCCUUCGAAGAGCUCUUGAAUGACACGCUUGAUAUCGGGAACGAGGACGUCUACAUCCAAGUGGCCAGUAGAUUGGCAGCCGUAUAUUCAGAAAGGCUGCGAAAGUACGAGCCGUCAGCACCAGAGGUACCACAGCUCAUACAGAAGAUGACCCAACUAGCCUCAAAAGACAGUGGCAAUGCAUGGGCAACAACUCUCAACACCACGCUGCUCGUCUGUCGCUACUAUGCAACGAAUGGACUUCCGGAGAAAGCGCGUCAGCUUGCGAGACCGGCAGUACAGACAGGUCUGGAGCUGCUGUCCGACGAGGACCCUGACAAUGACUGGGAAGCAUUUCUCAGACUGGGGACUGUCUUCAUGUAUUGCGGUGAAGACGAUAACGCCUUGGCUGCAUGGUCGCUGCUCUUACCCAGACAGUUGGGCGCGAAACCUGAACAGGAAAGCAGCGACGACGACGAUUGCGACGAGGAGGGUACCCAAUCUGACAGCUCAAAGUCCCGUGCUGAUCCCACUACUCAUGUAAGCCUGAAGGGACUGGAUGGCGAUCUAGAAUACUUCUGCGAUGGCUACUGCAAUACAAGAUGGUCCUACGCCGACAACAUCUUCGUCUGUUCCGAUUGUCUCGACGUGAUGUUCUGUGAGCCAUGCCACGAGCUCCUGAAGCAGAACAAAAUCGGCGAGAAUAUCUGCAGCCCAACCCACGAACACCUACACGUGCCAGAGUUCAAUAUGGACGAGGCAGUCGCGCGUGGCAAGACAAAAGUGCGGUUCAAGGGCAGGAGUGUACCAGUGAGCGACUGGCUCGACGGGAUCAGGAAAGACUGGAAGAUGGACGUCAAUGAACCGCAGAAUAGUGCAGCGCAUCAGCCUGAGGGACGGUCCUUUACCAAUGAUUCGACAGGCUGGGAACAGCGAGGGCGUGAGAAGCUGCAAAGUUCGAACCGGCAAGACAGCUGGGGCACAUCGAGUUGGUAG